AUUACGCGAGAGGAUAAGAAAAUUGAUAACUCGAUAUUAAUUUUCAUUCUUAUUCAUCUUCCCCUUUUUUGUAUUCUACCACUCUCGUCUCUAUACGGAUAAAAACGGUAAGAAUGUUCAGCACGGCAUUACAAAAGUUGAAAUUUUUAUAUAAACCUUACGCCUUGGCCGUAGUCUCGGUUGGAUACGUUCUCGGUGAAUUAGGACAUUAUGUGAUCGGGGUUACGAGCAAGGCAACAGCUGAAGAUUUGCAUUAUGGCGAUAUUUCCUGUCAAUUGAAUUCCACAACUCUCUCGCUCAUAGAACUUCCGGUUAGAUGCGAAAAGGCACAUAAUGAAACCUAUUGCCAAUCCUUAGAAUUGAACGGUUCCUCGUAUUGCGAAUGGAAUUACAAUGGCCUCGGUUUGGAUUAUCAAAUCUUGGCAGGACCAAGUUUCAUUGCCGUUUAUACAGUGGUAGGAGUCCUUUUGGGCAUAGCUGCUGAUCGAUUCAAUAGAGUCAGAUUGUUAGCAAUUUGCACUUUAGUAUUUAGUUUGGCGAUCGUUUUGAUGGGAGCUGUAAAAGAAUAUUGGCAUCUAGUUGUCCUUCGAAUGGUCCUUGCUGCUGGGGAAGCAGGAUGCAAUCCAUUAUCAACCGGUCUCAUUUCCGAUUGGUUUCCUGAAAAACAACGUGGUCUGGUCAUGUCCAUUUUUAAUUGGGGUAUUUACGGUGGUUAUGGUAUUGCCUUUCCGGUUGGUCGAUACGUUCCAUCUUUAAAUGCAUGGAAUCUGGGAUGGAGAGUAUGUUAUUACGGUGCUGGAAUUGUCGGUAUAAUUAUAGCAAUUCUUACCGGUUUGACAUUAACUGAACCAGAAAGAAAAACUAUUGGCGAAGAAAGCGAUAAAACCAAAGAUAAACAAAUUUCUGUUUGGAAAGUUAUUUCCCAACCACGAAUUAUACUUUUAUGUCUUGCAGCUAGCAUCAGACAUUGCGGUGGCAUGUGUUUUGCUUACAAUUGUGAUCUUUAUUAUCGUGACUAUUUCCCGGAUCACGAUCUUGGUUGGUGGCUCUUUGCAGUGACAAUUGUAAUUGGCAGCAUCGGGGUCGUAGUUGGUGGUGUGGUCAGUGAUAAAUUCGUCGCAAAAAUGGGAAUCAGAUCGCGUGUUGCGGUUUUGGCAAUAAGCCAAUUAAUAGCAACCCCGCCAGCAUUUGGAUCGGUUUACUUUGAACCACGUUAUGCUAUGCUGUCCCUCGGGAUUUCUUAUUUCUUCGCUGAGAUGUGGUUCGGUAUUGUUUUCGCAAUAGUCGUGGAAAUUGUUCCGUUGAAUUUGAGAUCUACAACGAUAGGAGUAUUUCUUUUCGUAAUGAACAAUAUCGGUGGUAAUUUACCGAUACUCGUUGAACCAACCAGAAUGGCUAUCGGUUACCGGGAAGCUCUUUACAUUUUCUACGCUGGUUUUUACGGUAUAAGUUCCAUCAUGUUUCUUCUAACGACAUUUAUGAUGGACGGACCGGUAAAACAAGUGAAGAACGUCGAGGACCAAAAUGGCUACGAUAAUCGUACGUUCACCAAUGACGAAGAUCAACGCGUUAAUACGACGAUGGAACUUCCGAGAUUGGCAUCCGUUCGACCGCCAUUUUACGAAAAUUCACAUUUGUGAUCAUAGU